AGAUGUCUGGACGCGGUAAAGGAGGAAAAGGUCUCGGUAAGGGCGGAGCCAAGCGGCACAGGAAGGUGCUCCGGGAUAACAUCCAGGGCAUCACCAAGCCUGCCAUCCGCCGUCUAGCUCGCAGGGGAGGUGUGAAGCGCAUCUCCGGCCUCAUCUAUGAAGAGACUCGCGGUGUCCUGAAAGUCUUCCUGGAGAACGUCAUCCGUGACGCCGUCACCUACACCGAGCACGCCAAGAGGAAGACCGUCACCGCUAUGGACGUGGUGUACGCCCUCAAGCGCCAGGGCCGCACUCUCUACGGCUUCGGAGGUUAAUUCUGCUUCUACUCGGCUCCAUCACAUCAACCCAAAGGCUCUUCUCAGAGCCGCCCACAUGUUCUAUGGA